AUGUCCUUUCUCCCACCAGGUGUCGCCGAUGGUCGUCUUCAUGGUUUCGAGUUCACGUUUGAGGCAAUUCCCGACAAGUCAUCCCUGCACGACAGCCACAUUGAAGUUGACCCCGAUCCUCAUGAGGGGGAGACUGAAUCACUACCCGACGACGUCGAGUGUUUUCCCAGACAUUUCGGCAGGACGUAUCAUGCAUACCGAGCAGGCUCCUAUGUCUUCCCCAACGACCCUGCAGAGCAGGAGCGUUUAGACCUUCAAUCGCUUGCCCUCACAGAACUGUUCAGCGGCAGGUUACACUUCGCCCCGAUCGCCGUCGAGGGAACUCCUAAACGAAUCCUUGAUGUCGGCACAGGAACGGGCGCCUGGGCUAUGGAUAUGGGAGAUGUAUACCCGGAAGCCAAGAUAGUCGGUAUCGACCUGUCACCGAUCCAGAGCAACGCCGUUCCACCAAACGUCCACUUUUAUAUCGAAGACGCCGCACAAUCGUGGCAAUGGGAGGACCCCUUCGACUACAUCCACACCCGCGUCCUGCUCGGCUCCUUUGGCGACUUCAAAAACGAAGUCAUACAGCAAGCGUUCGACUCCCUCCGCCCAGGCGGCUGGCUAGAGUCCCAGGAUUUCAACCUCGAGGCCACGAGCGACGACGACACACUCGCGCCCGACUCCCCUUUGUCUCGUUGGGUAGACGACAUGAACCUCGCUAGUGAGAUGAUCGGGCGCCCCUUAUCUAGAGCACACAUGCUGCGAGAGUGGUAUGAGGAGGUGGGCUUCGUCGACGUCCACCAGCACGUCUUCAAGAUCCCGAUCAACGGCUGGGCCAAGCACCCCAGGCACAAGCACGUCGGAAGGCUUUGGGAGCAGAAUUUCUUGGACGGCCUGAGCGGCUUCAGCAUGGCCCUCUUUACGCAGGUGUUGGAACGGCAGCAGGAAGAGGUGCAGGUAUCUCUGGUCGAUGUCCGCAGAGACAUCUCCAACAUGCAAAUACACGCUUAUCAGCACGUCUGGGUUGUAUGGGGUCGCAAACCAUACCCGGAUGAAGCUGUUCCUGCGCAAAGUCCGCCAGAGGACAAGGACAUGACCGACUGA